CGUGAAUUGACUUUGGGAAGAACAUAAACAUCAAACUUUACAGCCUUAGAAGCUAUUCCUUCCUAGUUUGAAGGAUCUCCUUUGAAACUAAAUUUGAUCUUUUUAAAUAUGAUUUCCACUUGAUUACCACUAAUGUGUGGCCACUUCUUACUAUUAUCUAGAUCCCCUCUAUUUAUUAUUGUCAUACUUAAAUCACCUUAGGUACAUCUGUGUAUGACCUCAACAAUUCCCCGAGUAUUUCCUACCACAACGAACAACAACAUUAGCUACGAUGUCUAAUUUCAAACGAGCGCCACAAAAUGGCGCGGCGCCAAAGCCGAGUAUUCUUAGCACAUUAAGAGCAACGUCAAUGAUAGAGUCGAAAACCGCAUUGCCAGCGGAAAUUCUAGAAUCCAUCCUCAGCUAUUUACCAGUACCAGAUCUUCUUCGGUUUGCCAGGACGUCGAAACGAAUGUGUGAAAUGGUUUAUGAUGAUACGAGAUGGGUCGCAAGGUUAAAGAGCAUGGGAUGUUGGAAUGAGUUAGAAGCUAGGAGGAGGUUCGAAGAGGCUAUGAAAAGAAAACGGGAUGCUGCAGCACGACCGAAUGCUAAUGGCGGACCAACCCCGAACGCUGCGAGACAAUCUACUUUGACGAUAUUUGAUGCUGCACUUGAAGAAGAACGUCGAAAAGCCCAAGAAGAAAAGGCUUCUCAACCCCAGGCCCAGGAAUCAAGACUCGACGGAUUUGAAACAUUAACCCUGAACUCAUCGCAGCCCAAAUCACCGUACGAAGAUCCAGCUGCACUACUUGACGUCCUCAAGAAUGUUAGAAGUAUACGGGGUCACGCGAGACAAGAGUUCGGAAAAGUUUACGGCGCUCUGGCGCCAUUUUAUUUCGACCUGGCUCGAGCGAAAACUCAUACCGAACCGAUUGUCUUUAAAGUAUUCCGGGACCCCGAGAGACAAGCACAAAUGCUGGCCAAUUUGCAGAUCUUCGGGAAAAGCGAUUGGACUCAGGGAUUUCUACAACGGGAAUCUAAGCUCAUAAACAUGAUGACCAUCUUUGAAAGCGCAGUCCUAAGAGAGUUCGAGCAGGGUUACGAAUUUUGGGACGUGGAUGGUAGAAUGCGGAGGUACGCACAUAUCAUGCAUACCUUGAACGGUGGCAACGCAGCUGUGGACCUCUUCAUCCACAAGCAUCCCAUCCUUAAUGAUCGUGGAAUCCUAGGUAAUCCGAUGGAGUGUGUUAACACAGUUGCCCACGACGACCUCACACUUGAUCCUUCUCGAGUGUUCUUCGACUCGCUUGCAAGAAAGCUAAUCGAGCAGAGUGAAGUGAUCGGUCGUAUCUUCCCACAACCGGCCAAUGUCUUCUGGGCCUUUGUGGACAAAAUUCGGGAAGAAAUUAUCAUGGAAUACGUCACUCCUCUAUUGGACGAAUGCCAUGACCGAUACAUGCCUUCCUAUCUACGAGCAGUAUCUGGCCUAUUCGAACAGUGUAUGCAUUUUGUUAAGUCGUUGGUUCCACCAAAGGGUUCAGGAGAGAGCCUAGACGAUCACGCAAAGUACAUAGCAUUGAGGGUAUUCGAGCCCCACCUAGACCUAUACCUUCAAGAGGAGCUGGAUAGCCUUACGAAGUAUGCUGAACGCGAAGUUGAUAGUUGGGAACAGAAGCUUUCAGAGCAGGAUGCAUCAGUCGAGUCCUUUUACAUGGGCAAUUUCAACAGACAGGCUGACAAGAAUGAUUUCUUAAGUUCCUUUAAGAAGGUCGUCAUGAUGCCAGUCACCGUCUUGCCUAGUGCCAUUUCACCUUUUGGGAUUAGUAAACCGGCAUCAACAUCGACUAGUAAUAGGGAUUCCGCAUUUCGGCCAUCGAUAAACGGUACGCCUACAUCGUCCCGGCCUCAAACACCGGGACUUGGUGGGGCCUCGGAACGGAACGGCAGUGGGAACGGGAACGGGACUCCUUUACCCUCUGAAGCACCUAACGAUGAACUUAAAGCGAAAGCUGCGCUAAUGGCGAACCGGCUCGAAGGGAUUAGGAGUCUUUUCAGCAUCGAAGUCGCUCUCAGCCUAGUGCGUGCUGCGAAGGAGAGCCUCGGUAGGGCUUCCAAAUUUGUCACGCUCGGCGGCCAGGCCGGCGAAGAAGCUCGAGAGCAAUGCGAAGCCAUGUUCGUGGUUCUAGUCAAAAUACUCGGCCAAACACACGUUAAGAACGGGUUUUCAAAAGCAGUGGAGCAUCUCGGCCGCUACAAUCCCCGCGAGAUAAGUGAUCAUAGCCAGACCGGAGUAGCACCACUUGUCAUGUUCAUUGAGUUGGUCAAUGUAGGCGAUAUCAUCUCACAGAUGAUAGACGUGUUCUACGAACAGCAGCUUGCGGCACCGAAAAUCGCAGAUCGUAACGAUUUUCUCGACCCCGCAGGCCUAGCAAAAAAGAAAUUCGAACAGAUGUUGGACGAAAAUGUUGCGGCAGGUCUGAACAAAGGCAUAGACGUUUUGAUGGAUGAAGUCGAAUAUCUAUGCGGUACAACACAGCUUCCUACUGACUUUAAUCCACUGCCACCUUCGCUAGAAGCCGGAGUACCACCUACCGAUCCAGAUAUUGGCCCAACUGUAACAGCUAAACGCGUUACCGAUCUUGUAGCUUCUCAUACAAAGAUGCUUGUUGGGAGUACGGAGAAGACCAUGCUCGAUGUGUUCAACAGCGAAGUUGGGCUUCGUUUGUUCACUGCCGUUUGCAAGCACAUUAAACGUCAGCGUAUAAGCACCGACGGCGCAAUCAAACUCAUUGCGGAUAUGACCAUGUAUUUCGAAUAUAUCCGGACGCUUAAGAACCCAGAUCUACUGGCAUAUUUCAAAGCGCUGCGAGAGUUAAGUCAGAUCUACCUCAUCGAUGCACGACAUGCCAAAGAAAUGGCAACCAUCAUUGCUGACGGCGACCGAUUUGGCGGCAUAUUCCGUGCCGAGGAAGUGUACGAAUUUGCUGAAAGAAGGGCCGACUGGUAUCAGGUUAAAAGGGAUGUAGAGAGGGCGAUGUACGGGCUUGAGUGCCAAGUUAUGUAAAGGUAUACUUCGAAAAGCAGAAUCCAUCGCCUUACGCAUAUCGAAUCGAUUCAAGCUAGUAACGCCAGCUACAAAAACGAGCGAUUCAGAUCCGAAAAAUAAAAAGUUUAACAAUCAUCAUGAAGUCUUUGAGAGGCGACACAUAAAUGAGAUUGGGGCUCGUGGAAUGAGAUGUGUCAGCGGCGUAGUUCGGU